CCUGAGUGAGCCCUGCUCAUCAGGGAGCACCCUUCCUUGUAAGCCUUGCUCAGCACAGCUUUCUGCCUGCUCUGGUUCCUGGAUUCCAGCAGCUGGUUUUGGUGUCCUGCUUCCCUCUUCAUCCCUAGCUGGCCCACCCUCUGCACCCUCAGCUCAGGUGCACAUGGCCUCCAGAGGCAGCAGACCCAAGCCCCAGAGCGUUCCCCUCAGCUUGGAGGGAAUCCAACAGAACCAGCGGGUAUGGCUGGUGAAGCUUCCUAAAUACCUGUCACAGCAGUGGUCCGAAGCUUCUGGAAGCGGUGAAGUAGGGAAGCUGCAGAUUGCCAAAAAUCAAGGGAAGUCUGAAAUCUCAUUUAUUUUGAAUAAGGAACUUACAGACAUUCGGGGUACAGAUGGACAACCUGCCCCGGUCGUCGCUCCCAGGGAGCAUCAGCUUGUCUUGCAGGGGGUCAGAGGGCAGGUCCUCACAGCGCUGACUGAGCGUGCACCGGAUCAGCUCUCCCUGGAAGGAACGGUGGUACAUCGGGGAGAAUGCAGACCUGCUCUGAGUGAAAACUACAUGAGGCUGAAGAGAAGGCAAAUAGAGGAGUCUUCCAAACCUGCCAGAACUGUACAGAAACUGGAGAAGGUAGUCACGACCAAUUAUAAACCUGUUGCCAAUCAUCAGUACAAUAUUGAAUAUGAGAAGAAAAAGAAAGAAAAUGGAAAGAGAGUGAAGGCUGAUAAAGAUCAAGUUUUAACCUUGCUUUUUGCUGCCUUUGAGAAACACCAGUAUUAUAACAUAAAGGACUUGGUUGGCAUCACUAUGCAACCUGUGGUGUACCUGAAGGAAAUCUUGAAUGAAAUCGGUGUUCGGAAUGUAAAAGGGCCCCACAAAAACACAUGGGAGCUAAAAGCAGAGUACCGGUAUUAUCUGGCAGCGGCCAAGAGUGAGUGA